UUUAAUGUUGCCAUUUUGUUCCAUAAAAUCGGAAAAAAACGCGCAGAGAUAUCAAAACGAGGCGUUUAAAUUCCUGUUAGCCCACGAAAGUGACCGGUGCGGCCGGGGUACGCGUGUGGUGCAUUGAAUAAACUGUAUACUUGUCUCUCGCGUCCCGUUCGCCGGAGCUAGAUGCAACAUCAUCAGCAUCGAUUCGAUAGCACCAUCUAGCAUUUUUGUAUAGUGUUGUCGGGGAAAAGUUUGAUUUGAACCAGACAAAACCUAGCGCAAAGGCGUCUUUUUCGAGGUCUUUGUCCUCAUACGGGUGCGGCAACCAUUUGUUGGCAAGUUUUGCGUCGUUAUACCUAGCGCACGGCUCAGCAGAGGGGUGGAGAAGAGGUCGCGGAAAAGCACACUUCUUGACUAAAGCCCAUAGGCCUGCCAGCCCAAUUACUGUUACCUGUGCGGCGUCCGUAGAGAACUACCGGAGAAAUGGCUGAUUUCAUCGAUUCUGAAGCGGAGGAGAGUGAGGAGGAGGAGGAGUUGGAACCACACGAGCGCAAGAAGCUAAGGAAGAAUAAGGCCGUCUCGGACAGUGAAGAUGAAGAGGAGGACGACGAAGAUCGAUUGCGGGAGGAGCUGAAGGAUCUGAUCGACGACAACCCGAUCGAAGAAAGCGACAAUGAUGAUGAUUCGGACGACGACGGGUCCGAGGGGGGGCAUCAGAAGCGUAAGAAAAGCGACGAUGAGCUUGACGAUCGGCUUGAAGACGAGGAUUACGAGCUGAUCGAGGAAAAUCUGGGCGUCAAAGUAGAGCGGAAACGGUUCAAGCGUCUCAAGAAGUUUACCAACGACGAUGGCAGUGACGGGGAGUCGGCCGACGAAACGAUGAUUCGCGAGACCAUCGAAAAUCGUCUGUUUGAUGUUGCUUCAGAAGAGGACGAAGAGCGGGCCUCCGAUCACGAAGGGCAGCGAGAUUCGCUGGCCAACGUUCGCGAGCAUUAUGACGACGAGGAGGACGAGGAGUCGGAUGCGGACGAUUUUAUCGUUGAUGAUGAUGGCGUACCGAUCAGCGAUAAGCGGAAGAAACGAAAGCACAUCUUUACCGACGCGUCGCUCCAGGAAGGGCAGGACAUUUUUGGAGUCGAUUUCGAUUACGAUGAUUUUGAAAAGUAUGACGACGAGUACGAGGAGGGCUCGGACGCGGAAGACGAGUACGAGGAGGAGCAGCCGGAUCGGCCGGAUGGGGAGCGCAGCGGCAAGAAGAGUAAACCGGCCGCGAGGAAGCGCACGUUGAAAAAGUCUAUUUUCGAGAUCUACGAGCCCAGCGAACUGAAGCGUGGCCAUUUUACCGAUCUGGACAACGAGGUGCGCAAGGUCGACAUGCCCGAGCGAAUGCAGCUGCGCGAUGUAGAGGUUAGCGGCGUCCCGGAUGGCUCGAACGAGCUGGAGGACGAAGCGGAAUGGAUCUACCAGCAGGCGUUCUGCAAACCGCACGUUUCCGAUCAGGGCACGCUGACCCGCAAGCCGCCCUCGAACGUACCGAAGAUCAAACAGGCGCUCGAUUUUAUGCGCAACCAACACCUGGAGGUGCCGUUUAUUGCUUUCUACCGGAAGGAGUACGUGCAACCGGACCUGAACAUCAACGAUCUCUGGAAGAUCUACAAGUUCGACUCGAUGUGGUGCCAGCUGCUAAGCCGUAAGACUUCCCUGCAGCGACUGUUCGAGAACAUGCGUAACUAUCAGCUGGACAAGCUGAUGGAGAACCCGGACGCGCCGAUACCGGAGGAUAUGCGUGUGAUUCGGGACGAGGACAUGACGCGGUUGCGUUCGGUUCAAUCGCCCGAGGAGCUGAAGGACGUCCACCUGCACUUUCUGCUGUACUACGCGCAUGAGAUAACGCCGAUGAAGGAACGGUUGAAGGCGAAAUCGCGCGAUCAGCAACAGCGUAAGCCAUCGCGACCCGCCGCCGUUCCGGUGGUGCGCAAAAAGAAGCAACAGCGCCAGCUGGCCGAUGGCGAAGAAGAAGAGGGUGCCGUGGGAGGGGAAGAAGACGACGAGAACGCUGAAGACAAAGCGGCUGAUGAAGAGUCCGAGGUAGUGGAACUGGAAAUGGAAGACCCCGGGCAGAUGGAUGAACAGGAGGAGGAUGACGAGGAGCAGGAUCAGGUGAAGCUGAACAUCGACAUCGGACCAUACGCGAUCUGUCGGAAGCGGGGCUUGACCGGGCUGACGAAGCGCUUUGGUCUAACGCCGGAACAGUUCGCCGAGAACGUGCGCGACAGCUACCAGCGGCACGAGGUGGAACAGGAGUCGAAGGAUCCGCUCGAGGUGGCCAAGGAGUACAUGGGACCUUCGUUUGCUUCGCCCGAGGAAGUGCUGCAGGGCGGAGUGUUUAUGGUGGCACGGCAACUGGCCCGCGAACCACUGCUCCGGAAGUGCAUUCGGGAGCUGUUUUUCGAGCGAGCCAAGCUGAACAUCCGGCCGACCAAGAAGGGCACCAAGGAGAUCGACGAAACGCACCCGUGCUACACGAUGAAGUACGUGAAGGAAAAACCGGUGCGCGAUCUGACCAGCGAUCAGUACCUGAAGCUGUUCAUGGCGCAGGAGGACAAGAUGCUGACGAUGGAAAUCGUCGAUCGAAUCGAGGGUAACGCGUCAUCCGACCUGCUGGAGGAGCUGAAGGCCCUGUACUACCGGGACGAGUUUGCCAAGAACGUGCAGGAGUGGAACCGAUUGCGAGCGGAGUGUGUCGAGCUGGCGGUCAACCGAAUGGUCAUCCCGGAUCUGAAGCGUGAGUUGCACAACAUUUUGCUGAGCGAAGCGAAGGACGCCGUGUUGCGUGUCUGCUGCCGAAAGCUGUACAACUGGAUCAAGGUGGCCCCGUACCGACCGCCCGUGCCCGACUUUGACGACUACGAGUGGGAGACAACGCGAGGGGUGCGCGUGAUGGGUGUCGCGUACGUGCCCGAUUACACGCAGUCAGCGUUCGGGGCAAUCAUCGCACCGGACGGUGAGGUGACGGACUUUCUGCGAAUACCGCACCUGCUGAAGAAGAAGAACGCAUAUCGCGAGGCGGAGAAGUACGCCAAGGAGCAAGAUCUGCGCUCCAUCACGAACUUUAUACGCGCCAAAAAGCCGCACGUGAUCGUGAUCGGUGGCGAGUCGAAGGACGCGCUGAUGGUGCAGCAGGACUUUGUCGAGUGUCUGAAGCGCUUGCAGGAGGAAGAACAGUUCCCGCAGAUCGCCGUCGAGAUCGUGGACAACGAGCUGGCGAAGGUGUACGCUAACUCAAUCAAGGGCCAGGGCGAUUUCAAGGAGUACCCGGCACUGCUGCGGCAAGCGGUUUCACUGGCGCGCCGUGUACAGGAUCCACUGGUGGAGUUCUCGCAGCUUUGCAACGCGGAUGAGGAAAUCCUUUGCUUGCGCUACCACACGCUGCAGGAUCAGCUGCCGAAGGAGGAGCUGCUGGAGAACAUUCACCUGGAGUUUAUCAACCGCACGAACGAGGUCGGUGUGGAUGUGAAUCUGGCGGUGCAGAACCCGGCGGUGGCGAACCUGGUGCAAUUCAUCUGCGGAUUGGGUCCGCGUAAGGCACAAGCCCUCGUGAAGGUGCUGAAGCAGUCAAACCAGCGGCUCGAAAAUCGGACGCAGCUCGUCACGAUGUGCCACAUGGGACCGAAGGUGUUCAUCAACUGUUCGGGCUUUUUCAAGAUCGAUACGAACUCGCUCGGCGACAGUACGGAGGCGUACGUGGAGGUACUCGAUGGGUCGCGCGUCCACCCGGAGACGUACGAGUGGGCGCGCAAGAUGGCCGUCGAUGCACUCGAGUACGACGACGAGGACGCUAAUCCGGCCGGUGCGCUCGAGGAGAUUCUCGAGGCGCCGGAGCGGCUGAAAGAUCUCGAUCUGGACGCGUUCGCCAUCGAACUGGAACGGCAAGGGUUCGGCAACAAGAGUAUUACGCUCUACGACAUUAGGGCUGAGUUGAACUCGCGCUACAAAGAUCUCCGGACGCCGUUCCGCUCGGUCACGUCCGAGGAGUUGUUCGAGUAUCUUACCAAGGAGACGCCCGAAUCGUUGUACGUCGGUAAGAUGAUGCUGGCGACGGUGGCCGGCUUUACCUACCGAAAGCCGCAGGGCGAGCAGCUCGACCAGGCAAAUCCGGUGCGUAACGACGACACCGGCUUCUGGCAGUGUCCAUUCUGCAUGAAGACGGAGUUUCCGGAACUGUCGGAGGUGUGGAACCAUUUCGACGCGGGCGAGUGCCCGGGACAGGCGACCGGUGUACGGUUGCGCUUCGACAACGGCCUGAAUGGGUUCAUUCACAUCAAGAACUUGUCGGACAAGCAUGUCAAGAACCCGGAGGAGCGUGUCCAGAUCGGUCAGACGGUGCACGUGCGCGUGACAAAGAUCGAUAUCGAGCGCUUUUCGCUCGAGUGUUCCUCGAAGAGCUCCGAUUUGGGCGAUCGCAAGCAGGAGUGGCGACCGCGCAAGGAUCCGUGCUACGAUCAGGAGGCCGAGGAAGCGGACAGUCGCAAGGAGGCGGACUCGAAGAAGCAGCAAGCCCGUCAGCAGUACGUGAAGCGCGUGAUCGUUCAUCCGUCCUUCCACAAUAUCUCGUACGCCGAGGCGCUGAAGCUGCUCGAGGGCUUCGAUCAGGGCGAUGUGGUGGUGCGACCAUCUAGCAAGGGUACGGACCAUCUCACCGCGACGUGGAAGGUGACGGACGGGAUCUACCAGCACAUCGAUGUGCGCGAGGAGGGUAAGGAGAACGUGUUCAGCCUUGGCCAAACGCUCUGGAUCGGCAACGACGAGUUUGAGGAUCUGGAUGAAAUCAUCGCACGGCACAUUUCGCCGAUGGCGAACCUAGUGCGCGAUAUGCUCAAUUACAAAUACUACCGGGACACGGACGGUGGAUCGCGCGAGAAGGCCGAGGAGAUUAUCAAGGCGGAGAAGCAGAAAAAUCCGAACAAGAUCCACUACAUCGUGUCGAUCUCCAAGACGUACCCGGGCCGGUUUCUGCUUUCCUACCUACCGCGCAACAAGUUCCGCCACGAGUAUGUCACGGUGACGCCCGACGGCUACCGGUUCCGGCAUCAGACGUUCGAUUCGGUCAAUUCGCUGCUCAAGUGGUUCAAGGAGCACUUCCGUGAUCCGAUCCCGAUCGAAACGCCCAAGAGCACACCGAAGACGGCCGGUGGCCUAUCGUCCUCUCGGACACCGUACGGCAGCACGCCCAAGUUCAACGACAUCAACAGUGAAGCCAUUGAGUCGGUGGCGAAAAAUAUGCCUUCACAUAUGCUGAAUUCGCUGUCGGCCGCGGCACACCAUACACCCCACUAUUCGUACACGCCUCUCGAGUAUGGUUCGAGCAAUUUUGUCACUACGCCCUACACACCGAGUGGACAAACGCCGUACAUGACGCCGUACCAGCAGACACCGCACUUCUCGCAAACACCCCGCUACGGCACCUCGACACCGUCGCAGUACUCCAACAAGUCGUCGUACACAGGCAUGCCGGGUCCCCCAGCGGCCACCAGCCAUCACGGGUACAAAACGUCAUCAGGAUCAUCGCGCGGCAUGGGCGGAGGAGGAAGCAGUGUGGCCAGUGGUAGCAGCAGCAGUAUGCAGCAGCCUUCUCCAUACUCCAACAGCAGUGAACACCACUACCGGUCGUCGCAGCAGCACCAUGCCCGAAACGAGUACGACAGUUGGUCGAAGGCGACGGACUCGUGGAGCAACCGGACGAGCGGCGGGGGCGCGAACUCCAAGGGCCAGCAGCAUCAUCAUGCAUCAUCCGAUCGAAGUUCUAUGUCCGGUGGAUCGUACCACCAUCAUCGGAGUGAAUCCACCGGUGCUUCGUCCAACGAUCAUCAUCGCAUGACACCCAAGUCGUCCUCCAGGUAUUCGGCCAGCCGAUCGCCCAUGCCACCACCUGCUCAGCCACCACCGCAGCAGCAGCAACCUCCGGCCGCUCAACAAGCUUCUUCGUCCGCUUCGCUUACACUUGGUGACGCCACACCGCUCUGGGAUGAAUAAACAGGGAGGACGAGAUUUGGCAAACGUCGUGUGUUUAAAAGCUGGAAAGCAUAAGAGUUUAAUUUAGAGUAGCAAACGUCGUAGGAGGAGCUUGAGAAUAGUGGAAUAUAAUGAUAAAAUGCAGAAGUGCGAGCAGUAAAUCAUCAGGCUCUCAUCAGGCUGAACAAACAAAUCAAUCAAAGGACGAGUGAGUGACGUUAAAGAAGGAACUUUAUGUUUGCAUGCCCUUGCUAUGUUCGUUGAGUCAAAGCUAAAAUGUUCGAAAAAGUGCCGGCGGUGAACGGCGAAUUAUUAUUUCACCGGUAUCAAUUUCUUUUUUCCAAAACUACAAUCAUGAUACACACGCAUCUGUGAAGUGUUGCGUACAAACAUAAUGAAAGAUAACUAAACAAAAAACACACACAUAUACUUAAACAAAUGAUAAUGAAAGCAACAAAUCAAUUUAUUCAAUAGGCAUAUUUCUCACUGGCGAAAAAGCGUAAAUUCUAAGGAUUUUUUUAAAAGUACUUUUAUUUAAAUACAUUUUUACCGACAACGUUUUCAAUAAACAACAUACAAGCAGCAAGGUAUAUUGAGACA